UCGUGCCCGCGCCGGCCUGUGUGUUGGUGUUGGUGGUGUUGGUGGUGGUGUAUAUGUGGGAGCAGGAGAGACUCUGCAGUGUCUUGGCAGCUGCGUUAGUGUAUCUCCCACCGACCGCGAUGCCUCCGCGGCCAAUGCCUGCCUCCUCCUCCGCUUCCACUUGACAACACACACCGAUAUGAAGUGAAGCUGCGCCGGACACACUAUCCUGAUAUCUAUAUGCCCCGGAGAGCUUCAUUCACGCACAGAAACCCCGUGACGAGAAUUGUUAAUGGAAAAUGGCGAUAGGCAAAGGGUCUUGCAGCAUCGUCUGCUUGGUAUCUAUCCAGAUUAUCUUGAUUUUCAGCGCGUCGUGGCCUGGAGCAGCGGGUCUCACAUUCCCCCAGCAAUACACGAUAAUGCACUGGGCCAGGCGUAUCGAGCAGGAGAUUGACAGAGUCUUUCAGCACAUCACUGGAGCUCAGCAGUUGAAAGGGAUAUACAAUGAAGAAAGGCGACGGUUUAGUCUGGUGAAGAAUCAGCCUCGGAGGAUUGUGGAGAAGGUGGCCUCAGAUAUAGAGAAACUCCUGGCUAAGAAGCGCAAAGCACUUGUUAGGUUAGCCAGUGAAGCAGAGCGGCUCCAGCGAGAGCAUGUAUGGCAGGAUGGAAUCAAGGAGCUGGACAUGGCUUACUAUGACUCCAAGGCAGAGCUGGAUUAUUACUCCAUGGAUGGAGAAGGAGAGGUGGAAAACCCCUCGCACAUCAAGCUGGAGUUUGUCUACGAUCCAAACUUCAAAAACGAUGUCAACUAUUCCUACACAGCUGUUCAGAUUCCUACAGAUAUUUAUAAAGGAGCUCCAGUCAUUCUGAAUGAGCUGAACUGGACGCAGGCGCUGGAGAAGGUUUUCAUGGAGAACAGUCAGGAGGAUCCGUCCCUUCUGUGGCAGGCGUUUGGCAGUGCGACGGGCGUCACUCGCUACUACCCAGCUUCACCUUGGAAGACCCCCGAUAAAAUUGACCUUUAUGACGUCAGGAGGGGGCCCUGGUACAUCCAGGGAGCCUCGUCCCCCAAAGAUAUGGUCAUUCUUGUGGAUGUGAGCGGCAGUGUCAGUGGUCUCACCCUGAAACUCAUCAAAGCGUCAGUGGAGAACUUGCUGGACACUUUGUCUGAUGAUGACUAUGUCAACGUGGCCAGGUUUAACGAGAAGGCCGAGGCCGUGGUUCCCUGCUUCAAACAUCUUGUCCAGGCUAACGUCCGCAACAAAAAGAUCUUCAAAGAUGCUGUGGAUCAGAUACAGGCUAAAGGCACCACUGACUACAAGUCUGGAUUUCAUUUUGCUUUCAACCAGCUGUUAAAUAAGACUAAUGUCCCUCGGGCCAACUGCAAUAAAAUAAUCAUGCUGUUUACUGAUGGAGGCGAAGACAGGGCUCAGGAUGUGUUCAUGCAGUACAACUGGCCCAACAAAACGGUUCGAGUAUUCACCUUUUCAGUGGGUCAGCACAACUAUGACGUCACACCUUUACAGUGGAUCGCCUGCACCAAUAAGGGUUACUAUUUUGAGAUCCGUUCCAUCUGUGCUAUAAGGAUUAACACCCAGGAAUACCUGGACGUGCUGGGGCGCCCCAUGGUUCUGGCAGGCAGCGAAGCCAAGCAGGUUCAGUGGACCAAUGUGUAUCAGGAUGCUUUGGGUCUUGGCAUGGUAGUAACUGGGACUUUGCCUGUGUUUAAUCUCACCAUGGAUGGAAAUUCACAAAAUCAGCUGAUUUUAGGUGUCAUGGGAGUCGACGUGCAUCUUGACGAGAUAAAGCGACUUACACCACGGUACAAUCUUGGAGCCAAUGGAUACAUAUAUGCCAUCGAUCCCAAUGGAUAUCUUCUCCUUCACCCUAAUCUUCAACCAAAGCUGGUGAACCUCCUGGAGCCUGUGACGCUGGACUUCCUGGAUGCAGAGGUGGAGGACGUUAAUAAAGAGGAGAUCCGGCGACAAAUGAUUGAUGGAAGACCAGGCGAAAUGCAGGUCAAAACCCUUGUCAAGUCGAUUGAUGAGCAGUACAUUGAUGACGUCUACAGGAGUUACACCUGGACUCCCAUCAACGGCACAGAUUACAGUCUUGGUCUGGUAUUACCCACCUACAAUGAGUACUUCAUCCAGGCAGACCUGAGUGAUGUGAUGCUGCAGCUCCAGUAUAUGCAGUCCCUGCUGCCCAGCUCCUUUGAAUCUUCAGGACAUGUGUUUCUUGCUCCAAGGGAAUACUGCAAACGUCUGCAUCUUUCUGACAACAACACCCAGUUUUUGCAGAACUUCCUCUCGCUCAUGCUGGAAAUUUCUCCAGAAUCUGAUGAGUGUGACCAAGGCCUCAUCCAUAACCUGAUUUUGGAUUCCAGGAUUAUCGGGCAGCUGGCCUCUCGUGUUUGGAAGAACAAGGACCUGAAUUCGUAUGGCUUCCUGGCUGUAUUUGCGUCCACUGAUGGAGGAAUAACACGUGUUUUUCCCAAUAUAGCUGCUGAGUUAUGGGAUGAGGAUCCUGAACCAUUCAAUUCAAACUACUACAAACGGAGCCUCGACAACAAAGGCUACAUGUUUAGAGCUCCAUCGAGAUCCUCAUUGGACGACCUUGUUGGUGGAGAAAACGGCACGGUUGGAAUUCUUGUUAGUUCGGCUGUGGAGGUUAAUUUAGGAGGCAAACUGCUCAAACCUUCAGUGGUCGGGGUGAAGCUGGACUUGGAGGCAUGGGUGGACAAGUUUAAGAUCCUGGCCAGCAACGUGUCGGACAGUCGACAGGGCUCACAGAAGUGUGGACCAUCCAGAAGCUGUGAGAUGGACUGUGAAGUGAACACUGAUGACCUCCUCUGCUAUCUCCUCGAUGAUGGUGGAUUUCUGGUUAUGUCCAAUCAGAGAGAUCACUGGAAAAAGAUUGGCCUUUUCUUCGGUGAUGUGGACCCUUACUUGAUGCACGCUCUCUACAACAACUCCAUCUUCAAUCGCCGUCAGUCUUUCCACUUCCAGUCUGCAUGUGAACCGGUCAACGACAGCCAAACGGGUUCAGCAACGAGGGGCAUCUUUGUGCCGUCCAUUGCUGACAUCCUCAGCUUGGCCUGGUGGACGUCCACAGUGGCAUGGUCUGUGACCCAGCAGCUCCUGUAUGGACUGGCAUACAACAGCUGGUUCUACCAAGAUGAUCUUCUGGUUGAUGGUUUUGAGACAAGGGAAAGCAGCUGUGUGACCAUCCAAAGCCAGUUCUACUUUACAAACACCACUAACUCCUACAACGUGCUGCAGGACUGCGGGAACUGCUCCCGGCUGUUCCACGCGAAGCGGAUAGAAAACACCAACCUCCUCUUUGUGGUCGCGGAGACGCUCCCCUGCAGCUCAUGUGAGAUAGAGAGACUGACACUGAUCAAGACAGAGUUUCAGGAGGAGAAUCCAUGCGAAGUACUGAGCAACGCGCGAUAUCGUAAAGGCCCAGCAUCAUGCUUUGACUACAAUGCCUUAGAAAACGCGUCAGAGUGUGGACGGGGUCAUGCACUGCAGUCUUCAAUAGGAGUCCUUCUCUUUAUCCAGCUUAUUCUGCCUCUUCUUCAUCUCUGACACAUGCACACGCUCUAACUUACAUCUUUCAUCUCUCUGGGUUGAGGCCCGGAUCUACUGAAGGUCAGAUCAAACAGCAAAUGCAAAAUGAUUCUUUUUUUAUCUGCAAACGGCACACAGUGCAUUUGAGCUAAAAAAGAAAUAUGUGGGUCAGCUCUUAGUGUUUUUUGCCUUAUUGCUUAUGCAUUUGUUAGUGUUUCAGGGCUUGAAUGCAAAUUAUAGAAAGAGAAUGUGUUGAGUCUGCAUGCUAUAGGACAAGCACGUUUAACAUUUUCGCACAGGCUCAGCCAUUUAAGCAAACACCAAAACAUCAGGGACAGGGCGAAUAGAUUAUAACCCAGCAGGGACAAAUGUCAGUCUGAAUUUUAGGUUGGAUUGUGGUGGUCAAAUGAUGCAUUAUAAAACAAUUCAGUUUGAUUUAUGUGCUUUGUGUUUAAUAACACAGUGGUUGAAAAAAACAUUCAGAUCUUAAACUUAAGUAAAGUUGCGUUAGAAAAGUCAUGCAUUUGAGAUUUCACUUAUGUAAACGAAUGGAAUUAUUGGCAACAAAAUUAACUUAAGUACAAUAUUGAUUUGACAGGAUAAUGGGUACCAUCAGCAUGCAUUUCAAUGUGGUAGCUUUUUAAGAUGGUAGCUCACUACUUUAUAUACUGUUGGAUGGUUUCAUCUUCAACAAUCAUUUUUAAAUCUUAGUUUUCCAUGUUAAAUAUUACUUAUACAGUACCUACACUCGUCAGAUAAAUGUAGUGGAGUAAAGGGUACAUUUUCCACUCUACAAUGCCUGAGGUUUAAAGUAUUAUAAGGUGCUCUGUGGAGUCUUCUUCCAAACAGAACUGUUUACAAUGUAUUUAUUUUUGACAGACAAAAAUGUUGAAUGCACUUCCUGCCAUUUGAAAAACAUAUUGAUUAACUUUUUGAAAAAAUGUAACCCCCUUUUUUGUGUCCAUGUUUACUUGCUUGCAGCCUUUGUCUUCUCUGCAUUUUCUGGCAUAUGACAGCAUUUGUAGGCGCGUUACUGCCACCUGUGGAUCAGUGGAAUAGAGUGAAAAAUGAAAAACUCCACAGGGUACCUUUUAGCAAAAUUUGGAAUGGAAGGAAAAUCAACACUGCACCAAAGUGUACCCGAGUAAAGGUACUUAAUGCCUUCUUUAAAUACAACGCUGCAUACGCCACCACAUGCCCUGGGUUUUAUACAGGGGAGCUCUGGGAUUGGCCAAACACAGCUGUUGGGACAACAACUAUGUGACGAGAGUGUUCUGAGUUUUUCGAUCUUUUUAUCUAGCUGAAGGUUUAACAGCAUUUGUGUUUUUGAGAUGGCUCAUUAGAUGAGGCCAACAAGAACAGUUUGUAUGGAUUCACAAUGUCCAUAAAACAGCCGGAAAGGCGUUUACAACUUUACAUUGUGCACAGCACACAUAAGGCUGCAUUGCUACUGCAUUGAUGUAAAUAUAUGAACAGAAUCUGCUGAGCUCGGCCGCUGCUGCUUCUGGCAAAGUCUGCUUUUCUUUUGGCUUUGUGGAAUUCAAAAUGAAUUAUCUGUGCCAGUUUUCAUUUGCAUGGCCGGUCCUAGUAAAUGUCUGCACAUAAUAGAGCUUCCCACACUUACAGCAGUGUUUUCCAUGAUAGUAGAUCCGGGCCUGAACUGGGAAUUCACUUCAGUGUCUUUCAAUUCACCUCUGACCUUUGCCAAGACAGUUUCAGUACUAUACAUUGUUUCAUACAUGACUCGACUCAGAAUGAUUUCCCUCUGUCGUCUCUUACAUCAUUCCAACCAGAAGUAUUGUUCCCCCCAAAAGAUGUUUUCUCAGAGCACACAUAUGAGAAUUGCCAUUAUGAUGAAAAACACCAGUGUCAAGAAGAUUUGUGACUUUUCAUAAGACAUAUCAGUGAUGAAACAUCCGUUCAUAAGUUUCAUUGAUACUGUUGAUGAUUCAAUGAUUGUCAAAGGUUGUGAUGCUGAACUGCUUCCACCAAUACUAUCUAUGAUCUUGUAGUGCUUCCUCUUGAUAAGAAUAGUAAAAGGGUGUAAAAUCUGACAAAAACUGACCAAAAUUAUGUAAACCGUGAUUUUGUUGCAAAAAUGUAGUAGUGAGUCCUCCCAGCUACUGCAUGGUUUAGUGGAAUAAUGUUGUGAUAAUCUUUAUUAAAGCAGUAAUUAUCAUGACAGACGAAUCUUCGGAUUUCGAUUUUAAGAAAUGUACAUGCAGUGUUAUUUCUGUAGUCUUAUAGCACAGAACAUGCGCAGACGUCAGUGUGGUGCCGACAUGUUUUUAAGCAGCAAUUGUUUAAUGGAAGGGAAGCUCUCUCUUUUUUGUAUCUUGUAUUGCCACUAUUUGUCAAACCUGAAUUUAUGCACUUAAGUAUGCUUCUGUGUGGGGAAUGUAGCUUCUGAACAGCUUUUGGUGUUAUCAAUAUGUUAUCUGUAUGUGAUGCUUUUUGAACCCAUGUUGCGUUUCCCCUUAUGUCUCCGUGAAAGUGAUGAUUUACUGUGGCAAAAUAUUUUCAUUUGUCAUGCAAACCUCAUCAUGGUGGUAAAAUAUCUUUCAACUUUUUACAAAAUGGUAAAGCUGUAUGACUUAUUUGCAAUGAAAGGUCUUCUCAGUACUGCAUAAAUGGGAUUAUCCCUACUGGGAUUCUGAACAAAUCGAUGUAUUUACUAUAUAUGUCAAGGUUAAAAACCUAUUUUUUCAGGUUAAUAUUAAGACAAAGAAGAAAAAAAGCAUACAUAAACAUAUUUCAGGGCUGAAGUAACCAUUUUCCUCAUUAUCUAUUGCUCUGCUCAUUUUCUUUUUUGAUCAACAGAUAUUUGCAUAUUGGAACACUAUUGACUAUUUGGCAUUUCACAUAUCCUGCUGGUAUUUAAAACUCAGAAUCAAGGCCAUCACAAAAAACCUUCCCCCUUUUGGCAGAUGAAUGUGACUCCUUAGCACAUAGUGGUAAAACAGUGGCUCUAGUUGACGGGGGAUUUAAAUUAUAUAAAUGAAUUCUAGUGAAGAAGAAUUGACAGUGGUAUUUUGUAACCAUGUAUCACUGUCUUAUUUGUGAGGAGUUCUGCAUGAUCAAAUCCUGAAAACAUUUCCCUUCAGUGAUCAACAAGCCCCUGAUGUCUUUUUGUGUUUGGAUCAUUUGAUCUGUUUCAAGAGUUAAUGUGAGAUAUUUUUUAAAAGCUUUUUUGACAAAAUAUUUGUAAAAUGCAGUUUCUCUCAGUCUGCCUGGUGUUCCACCCUGCAGUGCCUUGUGGCACUCAUUUUGGAUGGCAGAAACAUUUGGCUCUGAUAUGUGUGGACGUUCAUCCUGCAGGGCCAAGCGAAAGACACACUUGAAUUGAAUGGUUGCACAGACCCAGCUCUAAAUGGACUUUACGGUGAAGGAACAAAAAAGAUGCUCUUCAUGAACUUAUGAAGCAUUUUAAGUGAGCACAACAGAAGUGUGUCGAGCCUCCCCUCCUGCCUUCUCGUGGACAGAUGUUUGUCAAAGGGACGAGAAGGAGCCUGCUUUCUUUCUGCUACGUGUCGUUUAUCUUUACACUGUGGUUCAGCCUCGAAUCAAAGCACAGACACUGUCCAUUUUCAUAGAUUUACUUUGGCCCAUCUGCACACUAUAUUCUAUAUUUGAAGCCCGUCAGAAAAAUGUACUUUUUCAUUAGGACUGACUGAAACGAGUGAAUGUUUAUGUACAGAAAUACCUACUGUUGUGCAUCUCUGCUGUACCCAAGCAUGGUGGGAACCCGGAGAGGCAGAUUCUAGCUCAACACUGUUUGGAGACCUCAGCAAAACACUGCUUUAAAAAGAAAAUGAACAAAAAAAGCUUUUCUCUGAGACCUGCAGUAUUAACUUUAGGUCAUAUUGCAUUAUUCAAACAACACUGUUGUGAAUUGUGGAAAAUACAUUUUGUUGAACUCUUUAUAGCCUACAAUAUAUGAAUACUGUUGAGGUCAGUGUUGUAGUUUGGUUUUGAAUUACUGGUAUUUAUUUGCAUGAUAUUUUUAACAAUUUACAGAUUUGUGUACAUAGUCUGAUGGAUCAUUUACAUUCCUGUCCACAUCCAGCUCUCCAGUACUGUAGGGAGAAGUGAAGGAUGUUUGGGUUGAUGCGGAGGCCUCAGAGGUCUUUGCUGUGUUACCGAAUGAAGCUGAACGUUUGACUUCAGUGAAGCCUACAAUAACUCAGUGUUUGAAAUGUAGGUCAUUCUCAGAAAGUAGAAGCACAGAGGAGAUAAUAGUUAAGAGCAACAUACUGCCUGAUUCAACUUUUGUCAUUUAUUUAGGAAAAAGUGACGUAAAACCACUAAGGAUAAUUUAUGCAUUUAAAGGCUGUAUAAGAAACAAAUAAGGCAGUGGCAUGUUUGGGGACAACCCUUUAUUACCUAACUUUGUUUAUGAAAUAGAUUCAAGCGUUGCUUAUUUAAUUCAUUUAUAUAUUAUUUGUUUAUUUAUUUUGGUAUUGUGAAUAAUACUUGUAUUGAACAGGAAGGAAUUGAAUGUGUUAAAAGCUUGUGUGGGCUCACUAAGCCGUUUACAAGAAAAUUGCAAAACAGACUAAAUCUAUAUACUGUAUGUCCAUGUCCUUUAUUUACUGAGUAUCAAACCAUAAGAAUGUUAAUGUUUUUUGCUGUAACUUUGCUUUUAAUUUGCUGACGUUGUUUACUCGGGACAGUUUCCUCUCUUUGUGAAAGUCUCAAAUGCCACCUCAUUUUUGUACAGACAAUGUGAAGCAGUCAGCAGAAGAUAAAGGCUAACUUUGUAAAGAUUUUGUCAGUCACAUUACAAAAUGGAUAUUUAAAUGUUUAUAUCUUUGGUGAUUAAAGCUGUUGAUAUUUUUCACUUCA